AAAGACCGGGCACGAAUUUCACCGCGUUUUGCAUGAACCGGCACGGGCUCCAACUUCAGCUGAAGGUUCACGGGAUCAGCAUAGACUAAUGAUCGGUUUGGAUGUGAUGGUAUGCCGAUCCUCUGCUUCAGGGAUGGACGACAGGCAUACUGCAGUCGAGUCUCGGUCGAUUGUGUCUCGGCGACGGGGACGACCUGAAAGCCAAACAAGAGGGAGAGAGAUGUCUGAACCUCAGCUAGUUAUAUAACAACUGGCCAGUUGCCCGUUCCUCGUUCCUCAAUUUUCUUCCACCACCUCAACUUCCACUGGUUCAACCCGGAAGCCAAAAUCCACCCGGCCUCUUUCGACCAUGCAGCUUUCUGCUUUCCUAUCAGCCACGGCGCUCUUUGCGCAGGCGGCCUCUGGUUUCUACCUCAACUCACCGAACGCCCCUGGCGACGCCCGGGUGAGCGGCGGCCGCAGUAACGGAGUCGGGUUUCUGUCACCAGAGCUCUCGGGCGGUCCUCUCGCAGACAUCAAAAUAGACACCGACAAGGACAUUGGAAAGAGCGGCUACAUGUUCCAAUACCAAGGCCUUGGAUCGCCUCUAUACCGUACAAGCUCGUAUAGGUUGGUUUCGACGGAGCGCCUCUCUAUCGGCUCGGACGACAUUACACGCCCAUUUGCCAUCGAGGAUGGCAACUUCGUCUAUAAAGGGGAAGGAGAGCACAAUACGUGGCACCUUUAUUACGGCGGCUACGACCGCUGGGAUAUUUAUCUUGCAACCGCCAGCCUAGAGGGGGUAAUUUACGACCAACAUCCCCACCACAGACUGAAUGUCACGCUCUCCACUCGCCCAAGUUCGAAUGACACCCUAGGUAGAUAGAUAUGACAUGUCUUGGUGUUUCCGAGGACUUGUGCGUGUAAUACAACCAUCAUCUUGUGUGGUUCGCUGUCUAGUAUAGUAUUUAUGUGCCUAGGUUGUGACGCCGUCCGCUUGCGAGAUGUAUCGUCUAGCGCUUGCACUCCUUCCAGGUUGUUCUCU